AUGUGGUGGAUCACGCAACGUGCGUCGGCGUUCUUGGCGUCAGGGAUCUUGUUCAGGAUGAGCUUGAUUAUCCGGUGUUGCUUUUCCACCGUGAGCGCCAAGUCUUUUCGUAAUUUGUUUGCAGCGUCGCAGUCGGCGGUGUUCUCGAAUAACAAGUCGAACGUUCUUUUGAAAACAGACUUCGAGUUCGCGCGUCUUUCGCUUUCCCAUGCACCAACGCAACGACUCUGUGAAGUUCUAAAUCGGUAUGAGAUCAAGGGCUUUGCUCUGCCUAUUGGAACGCUAUCCUUCGUAGUUUCGAACAGCGGGACAAGCCAAUGA